AUGUCUUAAAUUCAUAACGAUUUACGUCUUCAAGGCAUAGAUGAAUUGAGAUAAGUUUUUAAACUAAUUCCACCAUAAAAUAAAUCCUCGACACAGUCUGGGGAAAUAUAGUAGAUAGAGUUAUUGAAACAAUAUAACCUCAAUCCUUUCGAUAACCUAUUAACCAUAUGUAAUAGUAUAAGAUCAACCGAUUCCAAAAGUGGAAAUCAAAAACGAAGAAGAAAAAAUGUAUCAGUGCAACAUAAGCAAUUUAAAGUGUAAGAAACUGCCAGUAGGAAUCUAAAGAGAGUUGAGUCACCAAAAAUGAUAUUGAAAUAGAAUUGA